GCGGAGGCCGUAUUGCCGAGCGAGCGGAGACUGACGGCCCGGCGCCAUGGCGGCGGCCCCGCGCGGGCCUGACCCGGCGCUGGGGGCACCCGACGAUCUGCACCGUCUUCCUCCUGUGGCCGCCUCCGAACUCCACUAAACCAUGGGGGAAAGUAGUCCCGAGCAUGUCAUCUACUACGAGGUGGAGGAAGAUGACUUGGCUCCAGACGAUAAACUGAUGAGAUUUGUGGGCCAGAAUGGCCACGCCUCACCUUCCUCCGGGACAGUCUAUGACAGGACGACCGUUCUCAUUGAGCAAGACCAAGAGCUGUUGGAGGAGGAGGAGGAGGACGAGGAGGAGGAGGAGGGGCAGGGUGGGGAUCCCCUGCCUUUCCUACACGAGGAUAGAUUUCACUUGAUGGCCGACCAUGAAGGGAUCUCCCAGGGCUAUGUGCAGCACAUUAUUUCACCGGAUCAGAUCCAUUUGACCAUCAAUCCUGGCUCCACUCCCAUGCCGCGGAACAUUGAGGGGGCCACCCUCACGUUACAGUCAGAGUGCCCUGAAACCAAGCUUAAAGAAGUGAAGCGCUACCAGUGCACGUUUCAGGGCUGCCCCCGUACCUACAGCACUGCAGGCAACCUGCGCACCCACCAGAAGACCCACCGGGGGGAGUACACCUUUGUGUGCAAUCAGGAGGGGUGUGGGAAGGCCUUUCUGACAUCCUACAGCCUCAAAAUCCAUGUUCGAGUGCACACCAAGGAGAAGCCCUUUGAGUGUGAUGUUCAGGGUUGUGAAAAAGCCUUCAAUACACUGUACAGGUUAAAAGCCCAUCAGAGGCUUCACACAGGGAAAACAUUUAACUGUGAAUCAGAAGGUUGCAGCAAGUACUUUACAACCCUCAGUGAUCUGCGGAAACACAUUCGGACUCACACUGGAGAGAAGCCGUUCAGGUGUGACCAUGAUGGCUGUGGGAAAGCCUUUGCUGCCAGUCAUCAUCUGAAGACGCACGUCAGGACACAUACUGGUGAGAGACCUUUCUUCUGUCCCAGCAGUGGGUGUGAAAAGGCCUUUAGCACGCAGUAUAGCCUCAAGAGUCACAUGAAAGGACAUGACAAAGGGCCCCCCUACACUUUAUUCUCCAACAGCAACCUCUCUGAGGAUACAAACCACUCACUCUGCCUGAGUGACUUGAGCCUUAUGUCCACAGAUUCAGAACUGCGGGAUAAUUCAGACCCAGCACAUGGGCAAGACCUGAGUACAAUCUCACCAGCAAGCAUCUUCGAGUCCAUGUUCCAGAGCCUGGAGCCUCCAUCAAAUCAGGAAGAUUCUCAGCACACAGAUGCCUUGAUUGGAGACUUUGGUGGUGAUACAGAGCCAGCCCCAGCAGCCCAGCCACCUCCAGGAGAGGCUGCGCCCGUAUCCCUGCCGCUUGUUCUUCAGCUUGGCAUCUCUGAGCCUUCCCUGCCAGCACUGCCUCCCGUCUCCACUGGUGCUCAGCAAGCAGCUUAUGGAACCCCUGCCUGUCUCCUGCAGCCUCCAGAAGUGCCUCCUCCUAACAGCACCCUUUUGGCAGCCAGUCCCCAGGGCUUCCUGCGCCACUUUCAGACACCUGCGCAGCCCAUGGGGACUGGGCUUUCUGGGGUCUCAGAGGCCGCCUCUGGACCAGCAGCUGCAGGUGCCAGUGAGGUCCUGCCCAGCAGAGUUCAGACUGUGCCUGUGGGAGGGGGCCCUGCGCUGCCUAGCAGCCCCAGUGUCACCAUUGCCCCCUCGCAAAACACAGCCAUUCUUCAGUCCAGCAUCAUCAUGGAGGAACAAAACCUCCAGUGGAUUUUAAAUGGUGCCACCAGGACACCGCAGAACCAAGAGCAAAUGCCACAGGCUCCUGUCUUAGAGAAGGUCUUCUUCACAACUGCUCUCCCUGUGUCUGGUAGUGCAGGGAGUCCCAUGCAGCAGAUUGGCCUGAGCGUGCCCGUGAUCAUCAUCAAGCAGGAAGAGGUGUGCCAGUGCCAGUGCGCCUGCCGAGGCACGAGCAGGGACAAAGCGGGCGGCAGAGACUGCCCCUCCCUUCUCCCGAAGACCUUGGGGGAGCCUCCAGCACCAGGGCCACGGGACUUCCCCAGCACGGUGGCCGGUGCGUCCACCACCACCACUGCUGCUAGCUGUUCCUCUGUGCUGCCUCCCGCUGGCCAGCAGAGCACCCUGGCAGGACGCCCGUCCAGCUCCCAGAACCCGUCCCUAAGUGCCAUGGAGGCGUCUCGUUUUCUUUCCCUCCAGAGCCCUGAGAUGGCCUCCCCUCUUAUUCCCUUGGAGCCUCUCCUGCAGGGGGGGGAGGAGGGGCUUGCCUUGGGUGGCAGCUUCCCCAAGUGAAGCCCCGGAAAGCAGCAGAGACAAGCCGGCUACCAGGGGAGAGGAGCGUCGUGGGUUCCCUUCUCCCAAGAGGAGGAACAGCCGCCCCAGCUCUGCUCUCACUUGUCACUUUGGCUCACAGCAACGUGAGCGUGGGAAUUGGUCACUUUGAAAGGAUGGCGGGCAGGCAGGCAGCUCCUUGCUUUCGGGGGGCGUGGAGUGGAGUGGAGUCCUGGCCUGGGGUGGUUCAGGGUGAGUGUGCCCUGUAAGCCAUGCAGGAAGGAAGUCGACGCUUGUGGGAAAACGGAGGCAGCACGGUGGGCUCUCCUAGCAGCAGUGGCACAGAAGAAUGGAGAUGCCCUCCCAAGGCCUUGUCUUUUGGCUAGCUGCAAAAACAAGUUUGUGCACAUCAUGAUCAGACUUUGCACAUGAGUACAUGGGCUGCUGGCUCUUUCAUCUUAUGUGCUUGCCCUUCUUGGUAACCGAGUGCACUGCCGGGGUGUUUACAUGAAUUCAGGGGCUAAAAGGAUUUGCACUGUUCAGCUUUAUCAGAAUGACUAUCUCAGCACAGCAGCUUUUGCCUAGAAAAGGUUCCCCUUUAGAUUGGCUGGCUUUGGCGGGUCCAGAGAGGUGCUCGGGGGUCUCAGUGUUGGUCCAGUGGAGACUUGGGAGCAGUCCAGCUUGUUCUGGCAAAGCAGACUCCUCCAGGGUCUGCGGAGCUUCCAAGUCAGGCCCUUACCCCCGCAGACAGCCAGGGUGCAGCCAGACAGCCCACCCACCCUUCAAAGGCUUCUUGGGAGCCACAGGCCCCACAGGGGGAAGGGUGCCUUUCCUCUCUCAACUUACUCAGGGUAAAAUUCUAGCGUAGAAUGCCUGGAAGGUUUGGGGAAGUUUCUUUUCUAAAGUUUUGUACAUGUCCUUAUUUUGUCACAUCCACUGUGUUUGGAUUUUCUAGCCAAUCCUCUUUUGUUUCCAGGACGAACUCUCAUAGCACAGUAUGCCUGUCUAAAGCUUUUCCCAAGCUGAGAGGCAGGCGGGGUGGCCAAAAGGCAGAAAUGGAGGAAACAGGGUUAUUGUGGCUGUGACCUUGGCUGGCUGUCCACCCACCCUAUGGAGUGGAGACAGCUGCAGGGGCCUUGCAAGGCCACCUCAACUGUUCUCGGUUUGCACCUGCUGUGCUACUGCUGUAGGGGGACAGGCUGGCUGGUUGCUGUUCCACUGAACUCCCUCUGGGAGUAUCUGCAGUCCACGGGCUUUUCUCAUCCUCCUCUUCCUCUUCAGUUAAACGUAGACCAGAAUCUCUUCAAUCUCCCCACGUGCCUGUGAGGCUUGUGUAGCUAAGGUGUUUCUGGUUGAGUAUGGAGAGCUCCUAUACUGGGCAGUUGGGGUGGAGUUUUAAACUAGCAUGCCUCUGCAAUGGAUUUUGAUAACCCGUGUUGUAAGAACAUCCCCUUUGCUUGAUUCUGCCUUCUGGAAUGGUGCCCCCUGGGACUUUGGGAGCCAGCUGGUCUUGCUUGCCCAGCCUGCUUUGUGGAUGGGCCUAGGAUUGAACGACUUAAUUGUGCCAAGACUCCAGGGCAUGGAGAGUGCCUGCGGACCUCAUCUCAGCUAUGUAUUGAGGAUAUGAGAGAGUAACUAGAGCAGGGGAAGUGGACAAUUUCUGGGGUGUGGACUUCAUCUCCCAGAAUUCUCAGCAAUGAUUUUGCUGGCUGGGGAAUUCUGAAAAUUGAAGUUCACGCACCUGGAAAUGACUAAGUUUAGGAAAACUUGCUCUACGGUGUCUACAAUGUUUGCUGGCAGUUGCUCCUGCUAUUCAAAUUUAGGGAAGGAAUAUAGUUCACUGGGACUGAUCCAGUUACACUUACUUGCUGGCCUCUAAAAUGCACUUUAGUUCUCUUUCAGCUGAUGGCUACGAUGUCAUUUGUAAAUAACUGUUCACAGUCCUUGGGUAUUUUCAUCCUUUUUGCUCUGAGUGAAAAAGUAUGUGGUGUGCAAGAAAGCACUUAACUUCAGUGCAAUACAUGUAGCUAGAAGUGUCCACAAGCACUCUGUGAGUGUGGUUAUGUGUGUACAUGCGCAUGCAUGUGCACAAGUGUGUUUAUGUGGGAUUGAUGGAACGGGUGGAAAGCCAUCACGCUGCCCUUUUCUGACUUAUGCCUCCUUGAGCAAAUGUCCAGUCUAUGCAAAACCUCCAUCAGUAGCCUGAGCUGAAUGGACUUGAGUCAGAUCAGCACCUUCCCACAGUAGUUUUGGUCACUGCUUGGAUACCAUCCCAGCUCUGCCCUGUUCCUUGCGAGGGAGGGAAGAAACAGGCUGCUCUCCCCGGCCCUGAAGCGGUUCCGGAGACCGGGGCCCCUGUUCUUCAUGUGCCCCACUGCUGCCUGCCUUACUUCCCAGCAAGCAAUUAUCUCCCAGAAGCAGCAGAACCAGACAGAUGGCAGCAGUGAAAAAGGACUGCCCAUUGCCUCCGGCACCUUCUCUGGGAGCGGUUAACUUCAUAGACACCACCGGUUCCAAAAUUUCAAGGUACCAACAAGAGACGAGCUGUCCUUAAGAAACUGGGUCACAGAAGAGGCAGCAGGAACACUAUUGGCUAGCUCAGCUCUCCUCUAUUGAAGCACAGGAGAUCCUCUUUGGAGCACCUGCUGGCCUGGGAAGUAAAUGCCGCUCUGAUGUCGUACACUUUGCAUUUGCUUUAACCGUCUAGAAGUAGCAUCUCCUUUUUUUAAUCAAUGUUUCCUGUUGCUGAGGGCUGGUUUUUCAACUUCUGCACUGUUUAUUGUUUCUAAGCUUUGGAGUCUGUUCUGCACUGAAAAAUGCCAAGGAAACUGGAUAUAUUUAUGUAAGGUGUGUGUGUGUGUGUGUGUGUGUAUGUGUGAAAGUGGGUGGAAAUGGUAUGUUAUCUACACUGUGUUUUUAAUAGUGUGCACGCUGGCCAAACCCAGUUUCUAUGCAGUGGACACUUUCAAGUAAAUGCAGUUUAUAUUUUUCUAAUCACUUGGGUGUUUUAGCUUUUCUUCCCAUAUACAGUCUUCAUCAGUAAAGCCCAGGGAAGAGGAAUUGUUGUUGCUGUUCUUAUUUUGCAAUCUGUUAAUUGAAUUUUUUUUUUUUGUUGUUCUGCAGUGUUAUUUCUUUCCGAAUACUAAGAUACUAGCUUAGAUUAUAUGGGGAAACAACAAGCUACCAUUCUAUCUAGCCACAGUCAGGAUUUGGGAGUGGAGCUAGAUGUGGGACCCUAUCCAAUAAUCAGAGAACAGUCUAAGCCUCUCUUCCAACUUUGGACUAGUCUAAGGAAACAGGUAUUUUCCAUUGCUCUGGCCAUGAAAGCUUCAGGUGCACCUUUUCCUGUUGGGCAGAAAAAUGUCAGCAAGUGCAAGAUGGAGAGAAAACCCUUCAGUUGGGGAGAGUUGGUUUCCUGCUUUUCCCACGAAGGAUGAUUGCUUGAUUGCUCCACAGAGCAGGGAAGGUGGAGACCCCAAAGGUUCUCAGAUAAUUUUUGAAAGUGCCUUCCUGGGUCCCCUUCACAGUGUGGACUGUGAUCUGAACCUCUGGCUUCCUUCAUGAUCACACUCUGGCCAGGUUUGCAUGGCAGGCUUAGCCAGGUUAUUAAAGACCUAACCACUGCAUUGCACAACUGCUAAACAUUGGCUGGUCAGUCAUGGUUGGAAGUUGACCAGCCCAUUGUGUUAGUUUAUGAUUUGAGGUGGUCUGCAAACUCAGAAUAUUGGGUGAAUUCAGAGAUUAGGGUGGGCGUGUUGUGGGGACCCUGCCAUGGUGUUUCUCUGGCUAAACUCCACAGCCUCACAGGACUUGGUGGGGUUGAUUUAAAGUUACCAGUUUCUCUCAGGAGUACCUAUGUUGUGUUUAAGCACAUUUAGUUUAACUUUGAAACCUGGGAUCAAAUGUCUGUGCAUUGAGUGAUGUGAAGAUGCUCACUACAGGUACAGUACUUCCAAAGGAAGAGCUCUCCAAAACACCAGAAGAAUAAACGAAGUUGUAUUUUUGAAGAAUGUAAAAUGUGAAAUAGGGUUUGCUUACCUGCUCCAUUUUGUAUAAAAUUAAUAUUGUACUUUGAAAUAUCUGCAAGGAAUUGGAAAAUAAUUUUUUAAUUGAAGGCAAUAUUAGUACCAAUGAAAUACAAUUAAAUGCUUAUUUAAAUGUG